AUGGCCCGGCCAGGGCAGCGUUGGCUUGGCAAGUGGCUUGUGGCGAUGGUCUUGUUGGCGCUGUGCCGGCUUGCCACGCCACUGGCCAAGAACCUGGAGCCCGUGUCCUGGAGUUCCCUCAACCCCAAGUUCCUGAGUGGGAAGGGCCUGGUGAUCUACCCAAAGAUUGGAGACAAGCUGGACAUCAUCUGUCCCCGAGCAGAAGCAGGGCGGCCCUACGAGUACUACAAGCUAUAUCUGGUUCGGCCUGAACAGGCAGCUGCCUGCAGCACCGUGCUCGACCCCAAUGUGCUGGUCACCUGCAAUCGGCCAGAGCAGGAAAUCCGCUUCACCAUCAAAUUCCAGGAGUUCAGCCCCAACUACAUGGGCCUGGAGUUCAAGAAGCACCAUGAUUAUUACAUUACCUCUACAUCCAAUGGGAGCCUGGAGGGACUGGAAAACCGGGAGGGAGGUGUGUGCCUCACACGCACCAUGAAGAUCAUCAUGAAGGUCGGGCAAGACCCCAAUGCUGUGACACCUGAGCAGUUGACUACUAGCCGACCCAGCAAGGAGGCUGACAACACUAUCAAGAUGGCCACGCAGGCCCCCGGUAGUCGGGGCUCCCUGGGUGACUCUGAUGGCAAGCAUGAGACUGUGAACCAGGAAGAAAAGAGUGGCCCAGGUGGGAGCGGAGGCAGCAGCGGGGACUCUGACAGCUUCUUCAACUCCAAGGUGGCAUUGUUUGCGGCUGUUGGCGCUGGCUGCCUCAUCUUCCUGCUCAUCAUCAUCUUCCUGACGGUUCUGCUACUAAAGCUGCGCAAGCGACACCGCAAGCACACGCAGCAGCGGGCACCUGCCCUCUCACUCAGUACCCUGGCCAGUCCCAAGGGGGGCAGUGGCACGGCGGGCACCGAGCCCAGCGACAUCAUCAUCCCCUUACGGACUACAGAAAACAACUAUUGCCCCCACUAUGAGAAGGUGAGUGGGGACUACGGGCACCCCGUCUACAUCGUCCAGGAGAUGCCACCCCAGAGCCCAGCGAACAUCUACUACAAGGUCUGA